AUGAACAGUUUAGCGUUUGCUCCUGCCAGCCACUACCACCAGAAUUCAUCAUGGAAGAAAUGGUUGGAACACUUACUCAAAAACUUCAAAAACCUAGAGUUGAGAGAAGCUGGUCUUGUGCUGCAUUCUGGCCUCACUUUAUCCAGGUCGAAAGGAUUUAAGAUAACAAACAAAGAAUUGCAGCAUAUAGGAAACUGCUUCUGUGAUCCAACCAUCGAACUAAUCUCUUUAAAUGGAAUUACAUACUGCAUAAAAGUGUUCACACCGACGCAGCUGGUGGCUUUCAAUGGUGCUCGCUAUGUUGUCAUUUCAAAAACACAAUCUAUGUUCAUCAUAUUGCUGUGUUCUAGUCCAAAGAAAAGCAGAGCAUUGUCGGACUGGUUAAAAAUUGCAGCUUCCAAGAUAAUCGAUCCUCAACCAUGACAUUCAUUAUAUUUUCUCUAUUUUCUUUCCUUCGACAUUUUUUGACAGGAGUAUCAACCGAAGCUUCAAAAAUAGCCGGCAAAUUAU